AUGGAGCACUAUUAUCUGACCAGCUGGGCCAAGGCUUUUGCCUCUGCAUCGGUCUUCAUCGUCCUGCUUGGCCUCGCCUGCUGCUGCCUCAGCACGGCCAUCCGCCAACACGGAGAUGGCAGCUGCAGCUAUGACGGUGGCGGUGCCAGCUAUGACGAUGAUAGGCGUUGUCGAUGUAGUAAUAAGGAGGAGAUCAAGACGACCCCGAAGAAGACCGAUAUCAAUGUCAUCCCAAAGUUGGCAGCCCCUUCUUCUCUCCCUCAAAGGAAAGCAGCAGGGUCGUAUAAUCCUCCUUCCCGUUCUCGAAGAUGCAGCAGCAGUGACCGUGCUAGAGAUGGUGAUUUGAUUCUUACGCAGGCUACCAUGGCAGCAGCUGCCAUGUCAGCGGUUGAAUAUGGCAGCGUUGGAUGUGGCGGAGGUGGAGGCGGCUGCGGUGGGGGCAGCUGUGUCAGAGGUGGAGGAGGCUGUGGUGAGGGUGGCUGUGGCGAGGGCUGCGGUGGAGGAGGCUGCAAUUGA